AUGAAUUGGACAGGCGGCCAGCUGCAGCGUCAUCACACUCGCUCAGGCCUAUUGACCAAAGCUCAGAAGCAGAAUUUCGCUAGGUCGAGACUCCAAAAGGGCACGGUCAUUUCCCCGCCUUCGCCAUUUCGAAACUUCCCUGAUGAAUUCAAGGGCUCGAGCACUAGGGAGGAUGAGGGGGCAGAGACAAAUGAAAAUCAAGUUCCGGAAGAGUCGGACUCACAUUUGACUGGUCAAACCUCUCAUAGUGAUAGUGGCUUGACCGGGGUCAAGCGCCAACUGCUGAAAGAACCUGAUGUGGCAGCCGUGUCUGCUGCACGUCCACUCGACCUUGCAUUUACAUCUGUCAGGGAUGUCGAGCGCUUUGGGAAGCGACGAAAGCUAAACGACAAGAACAGAAAUCGACUGGUAGCACCUAACAACAACGGGUCUGCCUUUAUUGAACGGCCCAGAUCCCAACGAAGAGGCAGAAAUCCAUCCUCGGUGAUCGAUACCAUUGAAGAAGACAUCCAGUUUGAGAUUGACGGACGGCCAGUGGCGCAAUCCAACGCCAGCUCGGGGGUGGUCAUGAACAGCAUGUCGUCCCAGUCAAUGCUCCUUGACCAUGAAGAAUCUCCCAUUACGGAACAGAACAUGGGCAAAGAGAAUCUGACAGCUACCUGGAUUACCAAUCUCUAUCCCCGUUCGCAAUUCCCUCGGCGCGGGGCUAUGCCGAGCAGGCUAUAA